GCCAGACGCUGUCCUUUAAAAAGUCUGGAGGCUGGCAGAGGCGGCACCAAGGCCAGGAAAACGUGUUGCUUAUUUUAGGCCAGUUGUGAAUCCUGAGUGGAGUAACUGGAGAAGUGAAAUCCAAGAGGGCAAGGAACAGGAUGAGCUCCCAGGCGCUCUGGACUGUGUGGGCACAGUUUCUCCUGCUGUGGCUGCUGCUGCCUGUUCCUUGGGUGGAGGCCAGGAGGUCCAGAGUCUCGAUGCCCUGUCCCGAGGUCUGCGAUGUCACACGUUGCCCGCCACUGCCCACCUGCUCGACUGGCACCGCUCCCGUGCCCGACCGCUGCGGCUGCUGCCGUGUGUGCGCUGCGGGAGAGGGUCAGGAGUGUGGCGGGACCCGGGGCCGGCCGUGCAUCUCGGGGCUGCGCUGCGGUGCCCCGUUCUCCCGGGAGCCUGCCGGGGGCGCAUGGCUGGGCACCUGCGGCUGCGUGGAGGGCGUGGAGGGCGCGGAGGUGUGCGGCAGCGAUGGGCGCACCUACCCUAGCUUGUGCGCGCUGCGUAAGGAGAACAGAGCGGCGCGACUACGGGGCUCGCCCCCGGCAGUGCCCGUGCAGAAAGGAGGCUGCGGGGACCCAGGGACCAGGAGUGCAGGGCGGCUCAGGAGGAAGUUUAACUUUAUCGCAGCGGUGGUGGAGAAAGUGGCGCCCUCUGUGGUUCACUUGCAGUUAUUCCGCAGGUCACCUCUCACCAACCAGGAAAUCCCUGCCUCCAGUGGCUCUGGGUUCAUAGUGUCUGAGGAUGGACUCAUCAUCACCAAUGCUCACGUCCUCACCAACCAUCAGAAGAUCCAGGUAGAACUCCAGAGUGGGGCCCGCUAUGAAGCCACGGUCAAAGACAUCGACCAUAAACUGGACCUCGCACUAAUUAAGAUUGAGCCAAAAACUGACCUUCCUGUGUUGCUGCUGGGGAGAUCAUCUGAUCUCCGGGCUGGAGAGUUCGUGGUGGCCUUGGGCAGCCCGUUUUCUCUGCAGGACACAGUGACUGCCGGGAUCGUCAGCACCACACAGAGAGGUGGCAAAGAGCUGGGGCUGAAGGAUUCAGACAUAGACUAUAUCCAGACAGAUGCCAUCAUUAACCAUGGGAAUUCCGGCGGCCCACUGGUGAACUUGGACGGCGAUGUGAUUGGUAUAAACACCCUGAAGGUGACGGCAGGAAUCUCCUUUGCAAUUCCCUCAGAUCGGAUCAGACAGUUCCUGGCCGACUAUCACGAGCGCCAGUUGAAAGGAAAGGCUCCUUCACAGAAGAAAUACCUGGGUCUUCGAAUGCUGCCUCUCACUCUGAACCUCCUACAAGAAAUGAAGAGGCAAGAUCCGGAUUUCCCUGAUGUGAGUUCUGGAGUUUUUGUCUAUGAAGUGAUUCAAGGAACGGCAGCUGCAAGCUCGGGGUUGAGAGACCAUGACGUAAUUGUCAGCAUAAAUGGGCAACCUGUCACCACCACAACUGAUGUCAUCGAAGCUGUUAAAGACAAUGACUUUCUCUCCAUCACUGUGCGCCGAGGAAGUCAGACCUUGUUUUUGACAGUCACACCUGAAAUAAUCAAUUAAGUAUCUUACUCUGAAAAACAAGCUAGCAAAAUCAGUUAUAGUACAUGGUUAGUAUUGAAGAAGUGAUAAAGGUGGCAGGGGCUUUGGGAUGUCAAGAAAAAUGGAUGGUUUGAAUGCAUGAAUGUACGUUUGUACACACACACACACACACACACACACACACACACACACACGGAUCUUGAGGUUGAGGGUGUUCCUCUGUUGCAAAAAUCUUCUAAGCCAAGUGGAAGCAGCAUGGUGGUCUGGUAAAAUUGAAAGACAGAAAACAACUGGAAAACAGGCAAUUCCCAACUGAAUCGUGACAGGAGACUUUGGUAACCUCCUAUAUAGCCACAGCCUGCUAUGUCACACAUACGUACAAACAAACUACCUACCAAAUAGUAAGAGUCUGAAUCUGGAGUAAAAAGGCAAUCACGUUUUAAAUAAUCCUCCUUUGUAUACUCAGUUUCCCAAGUUGUAUCACAUGCUUGGCCAGGGAUUGUGGGUAGAAAAGUCAUCAAUUACAAGACAGACUGAGACUGAUGACAUCAGGUUAUAGCACAGGAAUAUUAGUCUCAAGAUGACCACUUUAGCAGUAGAAACAAUUUUGGUCCUCCAGUGUUUCGAGACCACUUCUUCCAUUAAAAUAGUUGUUCUGAAUCAUUUGUAGACUUAUAUGUAGGGCCAACUCAGGGCUUAAAUAGUUUAUUCUGGGCAAACUAGUUUUAGUUACUGUCUUCCAGACUUAGGAGGGUGCAGGGUCAAACCCAGGGACCAGUGCAUAUUAGGUGAGCACUCACCAUCGAGCCUUCCAGAAUUAAAAAAAAAAAAUCUAUAUCUAUAUAUCUAUAUCACAACCCUGGAUCUCCUUAAAGUCUAUAUGAAGCUUGAUUUGUGUAUUUUUAAGAUCUAGUUUCUUCACAGUUAACCUAAGAAUACAACCGUAGUGUGUAGGGACUAUGAAUUGACUCUUUCAAUUGCUAUCGUAAGCAGGGUUAAGGUCAGUGUGAUGCUUCCAAAGUUUUUACAGUUGCCAUCUUUAAUAACGUGAGAACAGUGAUAUUAAUCAAGGAUGCUGAAUUCUACAAAAUGAUGCUGUUUUCAGGAUUAAUUUUGAACUCUGCUGGUCUUUAUGUCAGUUAUUAUGGGAAUGAAUGUGGAGUAGCUCUGUUCUUUCGAGAACCCAUGGCUAGCUGAGGAGCAGGCUCUUGGUCUGACCUGCCAGUUACAUUAAAUUUAACGUCUCUUUUCAACUUAGAUUUUGAAAGCUGCCUAUCAUUCAGAACGCUUUUCUUCCCAGUGACUCAGGACUGCAGAAACUUGGCUGGCUCCAACACUGUGGCACCCUGAAAACUUUUACUGUCAUGCUUGUGUGGACACGAGCGUUUCCUCCUCUCUCUCCUCCGACAUCCGGACUUGACCCCAGCAGUCAGUAUCCUCUAAGCAGGCAUACACUUUUCUUUCUAAGGGCAUGCAUUAGAGUUACUUGUAUAGAAUCCUUUUCUUUUUAAAGACACGGUCUCACUAUGUCAACCAGGCUGUCCUCUAACUCGCAGGUCUGCCUGCCUCUAUCUCCCAAGUGCCACAAAUGAAACAUACUCCAGCCUACACAGCCCUUUUAAAUCACUUUAAAUAUAUGGGGCCCAUAUUUUAAAAGCUGAUUAAAAUGGGAAAAUAGUAAUUUUAGGUAGGACAACUCUGUUAAUUCAUACAUGUUUGCCAUUGUUGGAUUUCAGAACAUAAUUGGAAUGAAGAAAUUACUGUCUCUAGAACACUCCAGAAGCCCAGAGUCAGGGCAGUGGCACUUGCACUGUGAUGACCACAGGCCGAGCGACGACUAGAACAGGCAGGCUGCAGGAAGACCCUGCACACUCAGACCACAGCUUUCAUUUCAAAUGUUCACCCUUCAGCAAAAGGCAGGUUUUGAGCUUUAUUCUUCAUUGGAAACACACAGCAGAUGAGGUUUUAUUACUUUAUUCUGUAAUUUAAAUUCACAGAGUCAGAAUUUUGGGGUGUAUUAAAUCCACAGUCUUUUCUAUGUCAUCUGGAGAUUUCUCAUUGGCACAGUUUCUGACCUGUGGUUAGAAAUUCAGGGUCACGAAAGGCUGUGCAUGGAUAAACAUGCACUUCGUUUAUCCUGUUGGGUCCCCCUGCUCCACACGACUCAUGAUCCAGCCACACAGACAUGGAGCACUUAAGACGAUCUGAGGGGAGAAGUCAUUAGUUUGCUAGUUUGUACAUGAAGAAAGGUACGACUGGACUCCCAUGACACUGUUGGCCAUUUCUGGUCUGCAAGGUAA